AUGGCCAUCAAAGACAAAGAAAAGAAGCUCUUUGUUUCUCCACCAAGAAACUAUGCUGCAGAACUCAAAUUUCUCCUCACAACAUUACUUCUUCUAUGCACCAUUGCCACUCUCUUUCACUUCAUUCCUUCUUCUUUCACUAUCUCAGCUUCUGAUCUAAGACUUUGCAUCUCAAGAAUCUCUCAAACCCCUCCAUCACCAUCACCAUCACCACAAUCACCACCACAAGCUUCUUCCAUUAUCCAUGAAAAACUUACUACCAAUAACACCAUCAAACGUUUCUUCAACCCUUAUGGCUCAGCAGCCUAUAACUUCAUCACAAUGAGUGCUUAUAGAGGAGGACUCAACACUUUUGCUAUCAUUGGUCUUUCUUCAAAGCCUCUUCAUGUUUAUGGAAAUCCCAGUUAUGAAUGUGAGUGGAUCCCUUACACAAGCACUUCCUCAGAAAAAAUCAUUACAAAUGGUUACAAGAUUCUCCCUGACUGGGGCUAUGGCCAUGUCUACACUGUUGUUGUUGUUAACUGCACUUUCAAUGACACAAUCAAUGGUGACAACAAUGGUGGAAAGUUGAUGCUUUAUGCUUCAACAUUAGGUGGGGGUGACAGAAGCUUCAAUGUUACUGAUAAAAUGGAAGUUCUUGUAGAACAUCCUAAACUUUUGGAUCAUACCCUUUAUGAUUCAAAGCCAAAGUUUGAGUUUUUAUACUGUGGAUCAUCAUUGUAUGGGAAUUUGAAUCCACAAAGAGUGAGAGAAUGGAUAGCUUAUCAUGUGAGACUAUUUGGGCCAAAGUCACAUUUUGUGAUACAUGAUGCUGGUGGUGUUCAUGAAGAGGUUUUAGAGGUUUUGAAGCCUUGGAUUGAACUUGGUUAUGUUACAUUGCAAGAUAUUAGAGAUGAAGAAAGAUUUGAUGGAUAUUAUCAUAAUCAGUUCAUGGUUGUGAAUGAUUGUUUGCAUAGAUAUAAGUUUAUGGCCAAGUGGAUGUUCUUUUUUGAUGUUGAUGAGUAUAUUUAUGUUCCUCCAAAGAGUACUAUUAAAACUGUGGUAGAUUCUCUUUCUCAAUAUUCUCAGUUCACAAUAGAACAGAUGGCUAUGAGUGGCAAGGUUUGUCUACAAGAUGAUUAUGGAAAAACUUACAGAAAAUGGGGAUUUGAGAAGCUUGUGUAUAGAGAUGCAAUCAGAGGCAUUAGAAGAGAUAGAAAAUAUGCUGUUCAACCAAGAAACCUAUAUGCAACUGGAGUCCACAUGUCAGAAAAUUUAGAUGGAAACACAACUCACAAAACAGAAGGUAGGAUCAAAUAUUUUCACUACCAUGGAACCAUAGCACAAAGGAGAGAAACAUGCAAGUUACUAGUGAAUUCUACAAAAAUCACUUAUGAAAAAACUCCUUAUGUGUUGGAUACUACAAUGAGAGACAUUGCUGCUGUUAUCAAGAAAUUUGAGCUUAAGAUGAUUGGAUCAAGGUUGCAGAAUACAAGACAAUGA